AUGUCCUUUCUUCAUACGCAUUCCAGUGAAUGUUUAAAGAGUGAACUCGAUCUAUUCACCUUGCCGCCUACACAAACCAGCAUUGAGAGUUCACAAUGGAUUCACUACAAACCCGUGUCUUCUCUCACGGACGACGCGCCCAUCGAAUUCGUCGUACCUGGGCAUGGAGAAGAAUACAUAGAUCUUGUUCACACCAUGCUGUUGCUACGCAUACGAGUAGAAACGAAAACCGGAGCAGGAGCCGCAGGCGCAAAAGUAGGCUCAGUAAACCAUAUACUGCAUUCGAUGUUCAAUCAAAUCGACGUAUAUUUCAACCAAAAGCUCGUGUCUCCUCCAAACAAUGCUUACGCUUACCGCGCUUACAUAGAGGCGUUAUUAAAUUAUGCUUCACCAGUAAAAACCUCCCACCUGGCUUCGUGCCUGUGGUACAACGAUACGGCGGGGAACAUGGACGCUCUACCGGGAGCGACACCAUGCAAUCACGGACUCGACAAGCGAGCCGCUUUUGUACAAGGAGGACGAACACUGGAUCUCAUAGGUCAUCUUCACUGCGACGUCUUCAAUCAAGAUAAAUUCUUGAUCAAUGGUGUCGAACGGCGUCGCGUCGUAGGAGAAACACUGGACAACGUCAUUCUUGGACAAAUACCGAAGCGUAUAAUUGUCGGUUUUGUCGAUAACAAAGCAUUUAACGGCGCCCGCCAUUUAAAUCCGUUCAAUUUCCAGCAUUAUGGAAUAAAUUUCUUUUCACUGUAUGUCGAUGGAACUCAAAUCCCUAGCAGGCCGUUACAGCCGAAAUUCUCUGGUAACGAGAUGCUCUACACCGAGGCGUAUCACACCCUUUUCUGGGGAACGGGUAUUCACUUUUUGAAUGAAACUAAUUCUAUAUCCAGAGAAGAUUAUCCUACUGGUUAUACUCUUUUCGCCUUCGAUCUCACUCCUGAUUUAUCGGCUAAUUGCGCAGCUCAAUGGAACCUUGUGAAACAUGGUAGUUUGCGAAUGGAAGUACGAUUCGAAAAAGCUCUCACAACAACGAUCAACUGCUUAGUUUACGCUGAAUUUGAAAGCGUGCUGGAAAUAGAUUCUUCUCGUCAAGUCAUUGUAGAUUAUAGCGGUUAA